AUGGAUUGCUACAAGAAAGCAGACAGAGUUGUGGAGGCAGAAUACAGGGUUCCUAUGCAUUGCAAUGCCUGUGAAAGAAGAGUUGGCAGAGCAAUUUCCAAACUCAAAGGCGUGGAGACGGUGAUGACUGACAUGGCGGAGGACAGGGUGGUAGUGAUAGGAAAGAUCGAUCCGCACAAGGUGUUGAAGAAAUUGAGGAAGAAGACGGGGAAGAAAGUAGAGCUUGUGGGGAAUGAGGAUGAGGAAGAAGAGAUGAAUUGCAGCGGGGAAGAAGGUAGUAUGAGUUAUUGGCGAGAUCACUAUUAUGGAGACGGUGAAAACCACAUGAUGUUCAAUGAUGAAAACACAAAUUCUUGUACAAUCAUGUGA